AUGAUAAGCGGUGACAAUGAGAAAAAAUCACUACUCAAUUUGUGGUGCCGAGGCGGUGAUCUUUAUCUCCGAAAACCGACACCGUUACCGUCACCGAACUGCACUGCGACCGACGAGCACAACCACCUACCAACGCCGCCUUCAACCACCCUUGUUUCGAUCUCCACUCUGCUCUGGUUACUCCUUAAGGAUUAUGGGUCUUCACGCAUGGACACCAAUGAUAGCUUACGGGUGGCUAGCUUAUGGCAUUCAAUGCAUGCCAUCUCUCAGCAAUUAUCACCUGUUUCUGGUUGUGCAGGAAUUGAAUUACUCCAACCUGACACAUUUGAUCUUCAUUGCUUCCAAUCACUGACAGGAACAAAGUUUUUUGUGGUCUGUGAACCUGGAACUCAACAAAUGGAAAGUUUAUUGAAAUUCAUUUAUGAAUUGUACACGGAUUAUGUUCUGAAGAACCCCUUCUAUGAGAUGGAGAUGCCUAUUCGAUGUGAGCUCUUUGAUAUCAACUUAGCUCAGGCAGUACAAAAGGACCGUGUUGCAUUGCUCGGUCGAUAA